AUGUCGUCCAAGAAACUGUGUCGGAGCGCUGACAGGGCACCGGACGGUUCUGUACACGUGUGUCGUCAUGACAACCAGCGCACCAAUGGAAUCGUCCCGGUGCUGGCGGGAACGGCGGCUGUAGUUAGCAUAGUCACCCUGCUACUCGUGGUGUGGGAGGUCGCCUGUCUGAGGGGCCAGCUGACAGCGGUGCAGGGAGACUUGUGGGAGCAGCAAGAAGCGUUCCAGAGGAAACUCCAGGAACAGGUGGCCCACCUGAGGGAUCACAUCAUACUGGGGAGCGGGUUUGAGGACGAGGCACCAUGGGAGCAAGAGUUGAAAACAAAGACCUCUGUGCCUCUCAGCCCCGAGGGCCCCGGUAAGGACGAGGUGAACGCCAAUGCAGACCUGCAACGUGAUCACAGCGCCACCUUCCGGCAAGAUGCAGCAGUGCACCACAGGUCGAAGAGAGAGUUGCCUUCGAAUUCGAUGGCCAACACUGUGCUCAUGCGAGGGAAUCUUGGAGGUUCCAUGGCGCAGCCCGUGCCGGUCGGUCGGGUCAGUCCCCUCGGGCUGCAGGGCCCUCCUGGUCCGCAAGGCUCUCCAGGGCCGCCCGGUCCUCCCGGUCCUCCCGGACUGCCUGGCGAGUGUACUUGUCCCAAAUGGACCAGUCCGGAUCCGGCGACUGAAGCACCGACCAGUGCGGGUUCUUCAGGCCCUCCUGGAGAGUCCGACUGUGCGGGGCACCUCGCGGCCGGCCGGACGGAAAGCGGAGUGUACCUGGUCGGUCCCGCCUCCUCCCGUGUGGAGGCGUACUGUGACAUGGAUACCGCAGGAGGCGGCUGGACUAUGAUCCAGCGACGGGAGGACGGGUCGGUUCUUUUCGACCGGACCUGGGAGGAGUACAAGCGGGGGUUCGGGAACAAGAGUUGGGAACACUGGCUUGGGAACGAGAAUAUCCACCGCCUGACCAAUCAGAAGACUUACCGACUUCGCAUAGACAUGGAGGACUGGGAACAAAAUAGGCGCUUCGUUGAAUACAACACCUUCAGGGUGUCUGACGAGGCGAGCGGUUACCGGCUGCACAUUUCCGGCUACACCGGGAACGUGCGGGACUCCCUCACCUACCACAACGGGCAGCGGUUCUCCACGCGCGACCGGGACCACGACGGUCUGUCCGGGCUGCACUGCGCGCAGCGGUACGGCCAGGGCGGCUGGUGGUACCUCGCCUGCCUCAGGUCCGGGCUGAACGGCCAGUACCUGGGUAACUGCGGCGACUCCUGGCGGUCCUGCCCGAACUCGCAGGGCGUGGUGUGGUACGACUGGAGGGGCAGGUGGUACUCGCUCAAGGCUGUGUCCAUGAAAAUUAAACCACAGGGGUGAUAACUUUGUAUUAAUACUAAUGUCUGUAGUGCGCCA